CGUCGCUUAAAGCUGAAUGAAUUUCUAAGUGUAUGUGGCAGGGAAACUGUGAAUCAACCGAAAAAAAGUUGGGAGCAACUAAGCACGCGAACUAAAAAUGUUCGCGUAUCUAAAGCAAAAGAUGCUGUCGUUGCGUCGUUAGAGGUCAUUUCUCCUGGAAACCCGGCAGCCCUAUGGGAAGCAAUGAAAAGCUUACAGUCUGUAGAAAAAGCCUUGGGCACAGAAAAUCAAUCUCCGUUGGAUAAGAAGUACCUGGAAGCGUUAGCAGAGACCUAUCAGAAUGCAAGUAGUUGGGACACCCGCCGACAGGUGUUGUCAAUAAUGGCUGAUUUGACACCGUACUCUGUUUUGCAGCAAUUUAUUCCUGGCAUCACCGACUACAGAAUCAAAGUAGCUCGCCAACAUUCCAUCGAGCAUGGACGCGGUGUUCCCUUGCCUGCCGCCAAGAGCCCUAGACUCAGGGUAGACGAAAUCCAGCUCGAUCAUUUUUUAAGCUUCAUUACCAGUCCCCACGUGGUCCAAGAUCUACCGUUUGGCCAACGCUACCUGUACCUAUCAAACGGCAAGGUACUCGAAACACCUAAUGUGAUAAGGUCCAUGAUACCACAGCGCAUAAUUGAUCAGUAUAACCAGUUCUGCUUGGAGACGAAUUUUUCUCCGUUCAGCCCGUCCACAAUGUUACGAAUAUUGUCAUCGUGUACCGCUACAGUAAGAAAGUCACUUCAAGGACUAGACUACUUUGCCGCUGAAGGAGCAAAAGCCUUUAACGAUUUGCUAAAAUUAGUUGCAAGGACUGGAGACAGACAGUGGGUCGUUAGAUGCGAGCAAGCUCUGAAAGAGGGAAAACAGUAUUUGAAAACCGACUACAAGGUAGAUAUUUGAGAACCAUUCAUAAUAUAAACACUGAAAGGGUAAUCACAUAAAAGAAAUAAAUAUGCAAAGGCGAUCAGUUGAACCCUUAAAAAUUAUUGUAGCUAUGCCUACCUUUUAUGCUUAGUUACCCCUUUUAUACUAUUAAAUAAAUUUAAUUGUAUGACCGCAGUAAAAGAUGUGUGAUAAAUCGUGUCUAGUUCUUUGGCCAAUCAUAGGUUGAUGAUUUCUUCUUUAAGAUGUCGAAUUCAAAAUUUACCCAGAAAUUUCAAAAACACAAUGAAGAAAUUCUUCUUUGUAGAUAUAGCUCAUUAUUUUUGUUCUGACUACUUUCUCGCAGGUUCAUAUCACCAGAGCAUCCAGUAUCCCCGACCACUGUAGUGCGUACGCCCUAACUGAUACAAAAGAAGAGUGUCUUCGAGAAAUGUGUGACCACGCCCACGACAAGAGUUGUCCCUUUUGUGAUCGGCUGAAAGACACUUUAAAAGAAAUUGAGUUGAAUUUGAUCGAAGCGAACCUGGAUGAAGAAGACCGGGAUGACGUCAUGUACUCGUUUCAGCAAGCUUAUACAGCAAUAGAAGCUUGGAAGGCUCAUCAACUGAGAUCUAUUCAACAGGAUAAGGCCCGCUUAAACAUCAUAGAUACCCUGGCAGAAAGUUCAGUGUUAAUCACUCAAGACUGGGCGAUGAAAUUCUUGCCCCGAAAGUACCGGGAAACCCAAGCCGACUGGUUUGCUAAAAGAGGAAUCUCUUGGCAUAUCAGUACCGUCGUACGUCGAAAGGGAAACCUGCAACACCAAGCAUUUGUCCACAUUGCGAAGAAUUGUAACCAAGACAGUGACGCGGUGGUAAGCGUUUUACGCCACACCUUGCAGCAGCUCAAAAUUGACCAUCCUGAAACAACAACUGCCUUUCUCCGCCAGGACAAUGCUGGAUGUUAUCACAGUGUAGCCAUGUUAGCUGCCUGUGGACUUAUGGAGAAAGCAACGGGAAUUAAAGUAGAAAGAGUUGAUUUUAGCGACCCGCAAGGCGGUAAGGGGCCCUGUGACAGAAAGGCGGCCACAAUUAAAGCUCACGUUUUAAGGUAUCUCAACGAAGGUCACGAUGUGGUCACUGCAGAAGACUUCCGAGAUGCAAUGCUCUCUCAUGGUGGUGUUAGAGGUGUUCGGGUGGCUUUGAUCGACAUGUCCAUCGUGCGUCCAACGUCUCUGCGUGGGAAAUUAGAGGGAGUUAGCAGCCUUAACAACUUCUAUCUGGGAGACCGAGAGCUCACAGCGUGGAAAGCAUUUGACGUGGGUAAAGGAAAGAAAGUACCAUGGACACAACUGGAAGGUCAGACAUCUUAGAAGCUAUAGAUAACUAACUCAUAAUUUUGGCACUAGUUUUGUUAUAACGUAGCGUAACUGAAUAGACAUCAAUGCGAACUACAAGAGAUAGCUGCAACGCUGUUAAUUUUAAAGUAGGUUGAGAACUGUUGUAAUUUCAGCAUGCCCAUUCACUAGGCUUAAAAAGGUAACUACACAAUACUUUUGAAGUAACGUUUGUUUUAGUGAGAUUGAGCAUCCAUAAUCCGCUACUGAAGUUUUUUGAUAAAAAAUUCUGAAGGCCUUUCUCUUUUAAUAUUUUUUUCUUUCGUUAUUUAGUUGAAAUAGGCCCGCUAGAGGAACCAGUUUUCACACAUUGUUCAUUUUCCCAAGGAGACUUUCAAGAUGUCUCUUCAUGUGACAACGCCCAGGCCUCUAAUAAUAGAAAGGAAGAGUCGCCGACAAAAGAGGAAAGUGUUGUUUCCGCUGACCACGAAAGCCCGCUCUUUUAUUGUCCAGUGGAGGGAUGCGUAAGCACCUUUCAGCGCCACUAUAAUCUUGAGCGCCACUUGCAUUAUGAAAAAUGCCAGUUUCUCGAGGAGAAACACAGCCUCUUAGACAAGGCGAAGAUGAUGUACUUCGAAAAACUCGAAGAAGGUGCCAGUGCACAGCCUUUUGUAGCGGGCUCAGUUGUGGUAGAAAAGAGGGCGGGGCAUCUGCUAUCACCGGGUUGGGCCCUACGUUCAACUAAAAAAAGUUCUAGAUUCAAUUUCAAGCAGAAGAAUUACUUAAACGAAAAGUUUAAGAUCGGUGAACAAACUGGACAUAAAACAGACCCGGAAGACGUGGCUAGAGAUAUGAGGCACGCAAAAGAAGAAGAUGGCAGCCGCAUGUUCACACCAGCUGAAUUCCUUUCACCUCAGCAAAUUAAAUCCUAUUUUUCAAGAGCUGCAGCGAAGUUACGUCAGUCCGAAAGUUGCGAUGAUGCUGAUGAGUGCGAUGUUCAAGCCGUUGAAGAGGAAGAUGUAUACUCUUCUGUGCGCACUCAUAUAAUCCAGGAAUGCCAGCUUGUUCAUCCAGUCAUGUAUGACACGUACAAUCUGUGUGAAAUGUGCGAACAAAGGAAACUGACCAAGCUCAGCGUGUCAAUGUUGCGUUUAAUAUGCUGUUAUUUUGAUCUGAAGUGCGAAGGUGUUUCACUGAAACGUAAAGCACCUUACGUAAAAUUGAUUGAGGACCUUGUAAAAUCGUGCUCCUGCAACUAA